GCCCAAGCACCGGCUCAUCAAGGUGGAGGCGGUGGAAAAGGUGCCCGCCAGCCCCUCGCCGCCGCCGCCGGUGCCGGCUCCCCCCAGCUCGCCCCCGGCCGGUCCCGAACCGCCCGACGAGCCGCCGCAGGAGCUGGCUGUUCUGGAGGACUAUGCAGAUCCCUUUGAUGCGGCACAGGUGGCAGGUAGCCAGGCAGGGCUGGAGAAGGUGAUGGAGAAUGACGGAUAUAUGGAGCCGUAUGAAGCCCAGAAGAUGAUGGCUGAGAUCCGCCAGAAGGGCUUGCGGGAGGCUCCCGCCCGGCCGCUGCACCUCUACGACACUCCCUAUGAGCCUGUGCUGGACAUGGACAGUGACUGCUCGGCGUGCCCCAGGCCCAGGGAGUCCCGGCUGCCCGAGGAUGAUGAGAGGCCACCAGAGGAAUAUGACCAGCCCUGGGAAUGGAAGAAGGAGCGGAUCUCCAAAGCCUUCGCAGGUCCAUCGGAGGGGCUGGGGUACGGCCGCACCUCGCCCUGCAGGGAGGAGAAGGCCAGGGCUGUCCUCAGGCAUGGCUCCAGCAGCCUCAAGAACACAAAGACACUGACAGCUGAGCCUGGCCCCUUUGUUGGGGAGAGGAUUGACCCUGCCCUGCCCCUGGAGAGUCAGUGCUGGUACCACGGGGCCAUCAGCCGGACGGACGCGGAGACGCUGCUGCGGCUGUGCAAGGAGGCCAGUUACCUGGUGCGCAACAGCGAGACCAGCAAGAACGACUUCUCCCUCUCCUUGAAGAGCAGCCAGGGCUUCAUGCACAUGAAACUGUCGCGGACACAGGAGAACAAGUACGUGCUGGGUCAGCACAGCCCGCCCUUCGACAGCGUGCCGGAGAUCAUCCAUCACUACGCCAGCCGCAAGCUGCCCAUCAAGGGGGCCGAGCACAUGUCCUUGCUUUACCCGGUGGCUAUCCGUACCCUAUAGUAAUCACCCCCACGAGCCAGGCUCAAGGCUGGGUGCACCCAAAAUUGGCCCAUCCCCAGGGCUGAGCGCUGCCGUGCCAAGGAUGGGCUCCAGACCGUCAGCCCAUGAGCAGCUCGCUGGGCACAGCCGGUGCUGUCGGGGAUUGCUGCAGCUGGGCCCCUCGUCCUGCUCUCCCAGGGGCUCCCCUGCACUGGUUUUGUGCUGGCAUGGCACUGGAAGGACCCCCACUCAGCGAGGGGCUGAGUGGGGCUCGCCGGCUGUCCACACCUCCACACCUGCCUCCUUGGCAGAGCUUGGGAUGCCAGGACUGGAGCUGGGACCUUGGAGAGUCCAGGGAGGGGGGCAGUGUGUGCGAGUACGGGGAUGAAUCAUCCGGUAGCAGGCUUGAGGUACCUCCAUGAGGGUGCCUAGCUCUGCCCAUGAGAGACAAAACAGCUGUGCUCGCAGGUAAGGAGGCUGGCAGGAGUGAGCAGGACCUGCCUGGGCCAGCAAGGCAUGCAGAGUGCCAGGCAGGCUGCCCUUACUGCACCGCUGCUCAGUACUCACUGCCAUCCUUUGCCAAACGUGAACAGUGACCGGCCUUGGCCCUGUGUGCAGCACCACUGCCUAAUAAAGCAGUGCAUGGUUGUCUCCUGCUUCAUGGGACUGUGUGCCCACAUCCCACCGGGAGUGGGGGAUCAGUGUAGCAAAACAGUGGAAAGAGAAAUUUUGUUACACAAAAGCUUAAAGGGAAUUGAUUUUCCCUGUGCCCGUUGGAUCCACUGAGAUUGGCGUGCCCAUCCAGCCAGCAUCCCCUCUGAGACACAGGGGACAAAGGAUUCUGAUGGUCAUGUCCUUGCCAUGUCUUUGAGACCAUUUGUGAGCAGUGAUGAGGUGAUUUUGGACUUGCCUGUUACUCCCUGUAGAAGAGGGUGCUCUUUGGGAUCUUUUGCCUUCUUGUUUUCCUUCACCUCUCAUAAAUCUUAGGCAAAGUCCCAGAAUUUCACAGAGCUCCUGAUCUUCUCUGAGAAAUUACUGGCUCCACUCCUGUUGUUUGUCUUCCUGACACCUUGUCUUUGGGCCAGCUUGCUCCUGGAUUUUUUUGGCUGAACCUCUCUCUGGUGCUCUGUACUGUUUCAUACAUUGCCUGUUAACCUUG